CUCCUACUCCUCCUCCUCCCACUAACUCCUGCUACUCAUCUUCCCACUACUACUACUCCUCCGACUAUUCCUACUACUACUCCUCCGACUAUUCCUACUACUACUCCUACUACUCCUACUACUCCUACUACUCCUACUACUCCUACUACUACUAACUACAGUCCUGUGUCGGUCCUCUAGAACUCCCAGCUUGGAGCUUGCCCCAGGUGUGUUUCGUGUGGGUUUUGUGUGGGUUAUGUAAGCCGACUGCGGGGGUUUCCGUCAUGUGGGUGUGAGGUUUCGCUCCAAGUUUCAUCGGACUGCAUGACCGUUGCUAUGGGAGACGGCAUGUCCGACCCAACAAGGUUUAGCGACUUGGAGAACAUCAAACAACCGUUGUGGAUUGGAUGUGAUGUGUGUACUGUGUGUACCCCAGGCCUGUAUCGGAUGCGUAUGUUCGGUGAUGUGAAUGCAUUUCGGCAUAUAACAACCGACGAGGCGCGUGGAUCUGCCAUGUAUUGUACGCUUGUUGUAUAUACAGGACAUACAUCAUUCGACGAUAGCCCGUUCCCGCGCCUCACGUUCAACAACUUCCGUGUACUUGUUAUUAUUGUGUGUACAUACACAUCUCUUGCACAACCUAAACGCCCAUCAAUCCCCAUUGCUUCCCACCGCUCUCUCGCUGUUGUUGUUUCUUGUUCUGGCUCGCGUUGCUCACCUGCAGCGUUUUUUCCGACCGCAACCACAACCACAAUCGCAUCGCAUCACAUCACAUCACCUCCAUCACCAGAUCCAGCCGGAACCCACUCGCGCAUCAGUACCAAACAAUCUCAUCGUGCCGCCCGCAUAUCCAUCCCCCCUUCCCGGGCGACCCUGAAUGGUCAUUUGAUCGGUUCUUGCGCUGCUCGCAGCUGAACGAUCUCCUUCGCCAUGGACACCAGCUACCUGUCGCAGCAGGUCACCACCAUCAUCGAGCGUCUGCAUGGCUUCUUCGACGAGAUCGGUGUGCCCAGUCAUGAGCGCGACUCGCGGGAAUCCGAGGUGAGUUGCGCGCG